CGAAGAUUUUUCGUGUGAUUUUGAAGAAUCUUUUUGUAUGGAUCAAUCUAUUAAUGAUGAUGGUAAUUGGAUACGGAACAGCGGCCGAACAAAUUCAUAUAGGACAGGACCAUCGAAAGACCAUACCCUUGGGACACCUCAAGGACACUAUGUAUACCUUGAAGCCACUCAUGGUUUUGGUUGGGAUGUAAAAUAUACUGUUCGAAUGCUAACACCAACUAUACGUUCAUCGAACCAGGUUCGUGACAGGUGCCUGGUAUUCUGGUACCAUAUGUACGGCCAGCACAUCGUGAGCCUAAAUAUUUACCUCUCACCAAAUGGAGAAACUACUGAAACAGAAGUCUUUACUAAAACCGGUGGUGGGGUUAACGUGUGGAAAACUGGACACGUCACCAUAACUGAGACACUUAAUUUUAAGAUUAUAUUAGAAGCAUCCAGCGCUGGUUAUAGAGGAGAUAUAGCUGUCGACGAUAUAAGUAUAUCAUUACAAAAAUGUGCCAUAGCUUAUGACCAAUCUCACCAUUCACCGACCGGAUUUACUCUUACAUGGUCAAUUGCCAGACGAUAG